GAUUAGCCCCGUCCCAGCCAGUGAUGCCACCUCCUGAGCGUCAGGCGCGGGUUAAUUGGCGCAUUGGGCUAUCAAUCAGCAACGUGUCCCGCCCCCUCCCGGUCAGGUAGCCCGGAAGAUGGCCGCGGCGGCGGCGGCGUCCGUAGGGGUUGGUCGUGCUCUGUGAGGGGAGCGGGCGGCGGGUCCGAUGCCGUGGGUGGCCGCACCGAGGAGGCUGGGGGUAGCGGCUGCCGCGGGGACUCGCCGGAGACGCUGAGACGCUCGAGCCCCUCAUCCGGCGCUGCGCCUCGAAGCGGGAGCGGAGGGCAUGCAGCAGCGCGGGGGUCUCGGCGGGGGUGCCGGGCGGCGGGGGUGCUGCCCGCUGCCCUUCGGACCCCGGCGCCCGCUCGGGCUCGUCCUUCUGCUGUCGCUUCUCUUAGGGAGCGGCGGGGCGGCUCCGCUUCCGCGAGCAGGUGCAGGAGAAGGAGCUACAGCUGAAGUUUCCUCAUCUUUUGUGAUUCUGUCUAUAUGUGCUCUAGUAGUACUGGUAACAUUGCUUGCAAACUGUGCUUCCUGCUGUAAAGACCCUGAGAUCGAUUUCAAGGAAUUUGAAGAUAACUUUGAUGAUGAAAUAGAUUUUACACCUCCAGCAGAAGAUACUCCAUCUGUUCAGUCUCCAGCAGAAGUGUUUACUCUUUCAGUUCCCAAUAUUGCUUUACCAACUCCCUCCCAGUUUCCAUCUCGCUCAGAUGGAUCAAAGCCUCAAGUUGCACGUCAGAGUCUAAACUAUAUCCAGGAAAUUGGAAAUGGCUGGUUUGGAAAGGUUCUGCUUGGAGAGAUCUACACAGGCACUAGUGUAGCAAGGGUAAUAGUGAAGGAGUUGAAGGCAAGUGCAGGUCCAAAGGAGCAAGAACAGUUUAUAAGAAAUGGAGAACCAUACUACAUUCUUCAGCAUCCAAAUGUUCUCCAGUGUAUUGGGCAAUGUGUGGAAGCCAUUCCUUAUCUCCUAGUUUUUGAGUUCUGUGACUUGGGUGACCUAAAAACUUACAUCUGCAAUGAGGAGGAACGCAUUAAAGGAGAGUCACAAAUAAUGCUGCUGCAGAGAAUGGCAUGUGAGAUUGCUGCUGGACUUGCUGUAAUGCAUAAGCAUAACUUUGUGCAUAGUGACUUGGCCUUACGGAAUUGCUUUCUUACAUCUGAUUUAAAUGUCAAAGUAGGAGAUUAUGGGAUAGGAUUCAGUAGGUAUAAGGAAGAUUAUAUUGAGACAGAUGAGAAGAAACUAAUUCCUCUCCGAUGGACUGCACCUGAGUUAGUAACAAGUUUUCAAGACAGACUCUUAUCAGCAGAGCAAAAUAAAUACAGUAACAUAUGGUCCCUGGGGGUAACGUUAUGGGAGCUGUUUGAGAAUGCUGCUCAGCCUUACUCAGACUUUUCUGACAGGGAAGUCUUAACCCAUGUCAUAAGGGAGAAGCAGGUUAAACUCUUCAAGCCACGCCUGGAGCAGCCAUACUCUGAUAGAUGGUAUGAAGUUCUGCAGUUCUGUUGGCUACCUCCGGAAAAGAGACCAACAGCGGAAGAAGUGCACAGACUUUUAACUUACCUUCGCAUGCAAAGCCAAAGGGACUCGGAGAUUGAUUUUGAACAGCAGUGGAAUGCUCUUAAACCAAACACCUCAAACAGAGAAACAAAUAAUUCUGCGUUUCCAAUCUUGGAUCACUUUGCAGGAGAUAGACUUGGCCAUGAGAUGGAGGAAGUUCUUACUGUAACUGAAACAAGCCAGGGUCUCAGCUUUGAAUAUAUCUGGGAGGCAGCUAAACAUGAUCAUUUUGAUGAAUGUGGUCAUGUGAAUCCUGAUGAAGCAAUGACAUACGCAAGUGUUUUCUUUCCAGUGGAGGUUUUUGAGAGGUCACUUUCAGAGCAAGGGUCGGGAGCACAGAAUGCGAGUGGUCAGGAAGCAUCACUUGCUGUCCCUGGGGUAUUACCUGUGUUUGAUGCACACAAGCUUUCUGUUGGAAAUGACUACUAUAUCCAAUUGGAGGAGAAAGGAAGUGGCUGCACCAUGAAUUUUGAUAACCAGUCACUUGUACUAACUACAGAAGUUGAUCAUCAAGAAGCUGUACAAGAAAAAAGUUCUCAUUUCACAGUUCUCAGGGAUCUUGAUGUUGAAGAAUCUAGUACGGAUGGGGACUUCUUCCACUACAGUACAGAUCCUAAAGAGGAAUUUUUGCCUGUUACUAGUAGUCCAGAAAGUCCUUUCCAGAAUAGAUUUAAUGACAUUGACAGAUCAGAAGAAUUGGCAAACAGAAAAAUACUUGGUUUUGCUGAAACAAAUGAUAUUUCUAAAGACUUUAAACCACCUGUUUUAAACUCAAACACAGAUGCCAGGAAGGCAGCAGGCCUUUCUGAGAAGGAGCAUUCUAGUCAUGCUUCUGAAAAUGAAACAGUUUGCUUAUGUGAAAAUAUCUCUAACCAGCCUGACUUGGCAACUUUAGAAGAACUUUCUGAUAACUUCUUAUUUCUUCAAGAGAAAAACUUAUUGUCAGGGUUAUUGUCUAAGAAAACCAGCAGUGAUUUUGGACAAAAACCAGAUAAUGUUCUAAAGAGUGUAUUAGAAACCUCAUAUAGAGUCUCUGUAGAGCCUGAACCUGUGCUGGCUGAAAAUGCACAGAUAUUUUCUUUAAUACAUGAAAGUCUUAGAACAGUGAAAGAUGAAAAUUGUAACCCGGUGACAAUGAAUAAAGAUCUGAAUUCUCAGUGUCAGACUACUGUGGAAGUGCAGGCAUCCUCUAGUCCAUCUGCAGCCUGUAAGUCAUGUGAUAAAUGUGCAAAUCCUCCUUAUUUGAAGGAGGAGGAAAAACUUUUGAAUGUGGAAAUCAGUGAAGUCAUGUCCUGUAACACUGAUAUUCUCUGUCAAGAAGAGCUAUCUAGUAAUGCCAAAAAUAAUAAUGUUGGAAACAGUCCGUAUUCUGGUGUUGCUGUUGAAACAGCUGAGUGUGAUGCACAGGUAAAACAGGGAAUGCUUCCCAACUAUGAUGAAAUAGCUUCUAAUAGAGAAAAAUGUAGCAAUCAGGAAGAUGUGAGAAGAAACUUGCAAGAUACAUCUCCCAUAAUAAAAAGAGAUGAAUGUUUGUUGGAGGAAAGACAAGAAGCAUCAAAUCAUUUUGAGAACUGCAAGGAUAUUCCAGAAGAGGUCACCUCAGUUUCUGUUGCUACUUCAGACUGUACAAGUCAGGAUAGUCUUUUGGAAGACAACCCAUCUACUAUACAAACUGUAGAACAAGCCUUAGAGACACCUGAUUCUUUGGAUUCUUUAGAUGUAAAUGAGGUUCUAGAAUCUUUACAGGCUCAAAGCCCUCAGAAACUUUUGCCACCUGAUAAACCUGCUGACAGUGGCUAUGAAACAGAGAACCUGGAAUCUCCAGAGUGGACUUCCCAUAUCACUGUUGAGGAUGCUUCUAGUGUAGAUGCUGCUCUCUGUGGUGUUAGUGAGAGCAAUGUCAGUGCUUUACCUUCUAAUCCAGUCAUAAUUGUUUCAGAAGCAGCAGCUGGUUUAGAUGCAGUGAACAGCAAUCUUGAAACAACCCCAAAGGUUUUUCUGGGGGGAAGUCAGAACUCUUACAGAGACUCUGCCUAUUUCUCUGAUAAUGAUUCUGAACCAGAUAAAAAAACAGAAGAGACUGUCAGUCUGUCAGGAGAGACUACGGGUGGUGUUUCUUCCAGAAGAGGAGAGAAUAAUACUGAAGAGGAUUACAGUUUUGAGGAGAGACAGCAAAAGUGUGAUGUAAGCAAUUAUGAGGAUACUAAUAAUCAAAAUGCAAAACUAGAACUAAAUCAUGACUUAGAGAUCCAAGAGGUGGAUGUAAGGAUGCAGGGCUGUCCUGAUGAGUGGACUGAGGCAACUCUGAAUUCCAUGGAGAUAUUGAUGGACAGAAACCUAAGGGAUGAAAUAAAACUAUCUGAGACUUCAUGUAAAACUGUGUCUUGUGUUGGCACUAAUACUUCAGAACUUCUUUCACACAGAGACUUAAAGCCUGUGCAUAACAUACACAGUCCUUUAGAUCUGAGUAACAGUGAGAAGUCCUUCUAUCACAUUGAAGGACAAAAACUGAAAGAGCCAGAUAUUGAAGGAAAAUACCUUGGAAAACUUGAUGUUUCUGGAAUGCUUGACUUAGAAGAUGGCGAUGAUGCAGAUGAAGAAGAUGAGAACAGUGAUUCUGAGGAUGACAUGAGGACUUUUCAUAUGCAUAGUCUGAGUUCUGACAGUGAAGAUGAAACUGUUCAUCAAGUACCUGAGAUAAUUACUGAGAAGGAUGAUGGAAAACAUCUGAGAAGCUUGUUGAAACUUCCAGCACCUCUUGAUGAGAGGCAGUAUGAGCCUUGGAAAAAUGAGAAAAAGGCUGUAACGUUCUUUGAUGAUGUGACAGUCUAUUUGUUUGAUCAGGAAAUGCCGACUAAGGAGCUGGGAAACCAUGCAGUAGACUUGAAUGGGGAAGACUCUUGCAGCACUCCGGCUCCACCUUCGAGUUUUAGUUACUUAAACAGAUUUGCAAAUUCAGAAAGCUCAACAGAUGAAGAAGGUGGGGGUUUUGAAUGGGAUGAUGACUUCUCUUCUCCAGAGCCAUCCUUUAUGUCAAAGGCAGCUAAUAGUCUUAUUAGUUCUAAAUCACCUCUUCAGUCAUCAAAGUAUUUCUCUCCACCUCCACCUUCCCGGACUCUCGAUCAGAACUGGUCACAUACGUCCCCUUAUUCCAGAUUCUCUAUCUCUCCUGCAAACAUGGCAAGCUUUUCUCUUACGCAUCUUACAGAUUCAGAUAUAGAGCAAGGAGGAAGCAGUGAAGAUGGAGAAAAAGAUUAAUUUAAAACUUUGGACUGCAUACAUAGAACACACAGACUUUCUGUCUAAAGCUUCAUCGUCUCUGGAUCCUCCUGAAGCAACGCAGGUAAUCAAGAAGUACUAAGAAAUGAAAGUAAACACUGAAAACAAUGUUAAAUCAGGACAUUAAUUUGAAUGUGUAUUUAACUUUGUAAUGUAUUUUUAAAUCAGUGCAAUUUUGCUUUUCAUUGAAAGAUGAUUCUGCCGCUGUUUUCAAGUACUUGAAGUAUUUUUCAGAUAACUUAAACAAGUAAAGCAAUUACACUACAGUCUGGUUUAUGUAUGAGAUUGUAUAAUAUUCUUUUUAUAUUUUUCCAUGUAGUUCAUUAUCUAUUUGAACAUACACCUGUUGUAGAACUGUGUAUAACUGUCCUGUGCAACAGGUGGCUGUGUUGCUGAAACUGUAUGGAUGAUAGUUGAUCAGUAGUGAGCCAUAUUUAUUCAAGAGGAUAUCACUACAUAUUACUUUGCUUAUUACAAUUGCACUAUGGAUUAUUCUUCCUUUAUUUCCUGAUGUACAGAUUCAAAAUCUUAAAUCUUUCAAGGAGAAUAAGACAAGUUGAAUUGGCCCACUUAUCCAGUUUAAUUUGUCCUUUUUGUAGCCUUUGCUAUGCACGGUACAUGUAAAGCGUACAUAACUUCUGAGUGUUACGUUAGACUUGCUGAAAUCUUAUGUUCAGUACCAUUUCUAAAUGAUAAUGAUUAUAGAUUGAUUGUUAGUGUUCAUGUUCUAUAGGAAAUUGGAAAAGAAUAUAUGAUAUACUCUGGAGUUUUUAGAUGUAAGAGAUAAUGUCUCUUAGUUCCUGAACAUAAUCCUACUGACUGCUUAAACUGUAAUAGCAUCUGACUAUAUCAUAAUUAAAGAGCCUUCCAGUUUUUACUACAAUUUCUGCCUUGGAGAGAGAAGAGGAAAAAUUGGCUGUACAAAACUAUGGAAUUUACGUAUCUUAUAAAAAGACUAAUUUCAGUGGAAUGGAUUUGGGCACAUGUGGGCCUUCAGCUGCCCAUUUUGUGAAUUUCAAAGCUCACUCUUCUGUUGAGUGUAGAUUGGGCUGCCAUUCAGAGGACUGUGGUAAAUCUACCUCUCAGUGAUGUUAUGACAGUUAAGAAUUAGAUUAAUGAUUAAUACCCAGUUUUGCACCCUUUUUAAGGCCAAACCUAUUUUAAGUUGUCUGCAAGACCCUGUGGUACAUUUUGAAAUACAUACUGAUCAAAAGAUACUGUAUAGUAAUGUUUGCUCUGAAGCUGUCUGUAGGGAAGGGAGUACAGUGUGGGCAUGUUUAACCUUCAUACUCUACCAUGCAUUUAGCUAGUUUAAUCCUUUAAACUGCUGGAUGGGGAGGAGAAAUCCUUAAUUACUACUCCAAAGUGAGUUCAGUUGAGAAACAAAUCCCUGACCUCUUGGAAUGCCUUAUGCAGCUGCAGAUCAGUAGGAAACACGGAUAGGAGAGUUUACCUGGCUUAGUGUCCUAAAAUACAAAUGUACUAACAUACUGAACACUUUGUAUUUUAGUGGCUAUUUUGGCAGAGCUUCAUAUAAGGGUGGUCCAAGUGCUCUGUGUCCAGAUCCAGUCACCAGAGACUUCUCAUCCCAUGAAGUGUGGGAGGACUAGAUAUUUUCAGAUGUGUAAAAUUUGGUUUUGUAUACCUCUGUAUACAUUUUUGUUUUGUUUUUUUUAAGUAUUUUUUAAACUGACAGGAAUGUUAAUUGCUUUUUUCCAGCAUUAUUUAGCCCUUAACAAGAAUGGCUUCCAUACCGAUCAGAAGGGAAUGACUUGGUGAUAAUGUUGUUUAAAGUUGCCAAUGUAUUGUUCAGAUGACUUUUUCUGGUGAGGCACUCAGGUUCAGAGUUAGUCAGAACUGUUCUUCAGUAUGAAGUAGGGAAUGGAAUUUUUUCAUGGUCUUCUUCCCAGAAUAUGAUUUAAGAGUCAAAGGGACAUAGUUCUUUAUACAGGCUUAGAGUGUAUACUGUAGAGAGUUUAAGGAAGCUGUGCACUCCUCUCAAUAUUCAAAAUACAGGUAAUAGACUUUGUGCACAAACUAUUGUUUAGUGAUUCUGUAAUUCCAACAUCAAACUCCUUGACACAGUUAGAUUUAAGGUAUCUCAUCUGUCUUCUAUAAUCCUCACCACAGUAAGAAUGAAACUCUGUAAUGGUCUGCAAAGCAUGUUAGGGCUUAUCUGCCUUGCGUGGUGAAAAAUCUAUCAGAACUGGACUUCAGCCUUAAUUUUGAAUAAUUUGGUUUAAAAUACAGCCCAAGGUUAAAUAAAAGCUUCUACUCCAGAAUGUUACAAGGUGGUUGUGCAUUUUGUUUCUUAUCAUUCUGGAAAAUCAGAUAUUUAUCUUGCACAUUAAGAAUUUCCUUUACUUGACAGAAAUCUAUAGAAAAUCUUAUGUAGGAAGUGAAAGUUUACUCUUUUGUCCAAAUUUUCUGAUGAGUUGAUAAAGGGGCAUUUUUCCCAAAGUGAGCUGGGAUAUGUAUGAUGAUAAGCAACAUAAUGUCAUUUUUAGCCGUGCAGUGGUCUGGGUUGGAAGGGACCUUUAAGCUCAUCCAGGUCCAUUCUCCUGCCACAGGCAGGGACACCUUCCACUAGACCGGGUUGCUCCAAGCCCUGUCCAGCCUGGCUUUGAGCACUGCCUGCAAUAGGGUAACCACAGCUUCUCUGAGCAACCUGUUCCCAGAAGAGAAAAGAAAUGAAGAGAAAGAAAUAUUUAAGCUGACUCACCUCACUUUAAAUAUGAAUUUUAAUUUUGUUAAUCCACUAGCCUGGAUUACAAUAAUAUAAAAGGUCUUUUUUUUUUUUUUUGGAAAAAAUCUGUAGUUUAACUGAUCAACUGUUAGCAAUAUUUAAAUAUCUGCCUGGCUGUCAGUGGCACAGUGAAGAGGAAUGGUAAUUCCAAACGUGUUACAUUAUAGUAAGGGGAUUUAUUACAAAUCAUUCAUUAAACUGUGUAAUUUCUUGCACUAGCUACUUAGGCAUGGUUUCCAGUUUAGAAGUACAUGUAUCUAUUUUCAGUGGUUUACUAUGAGGACUGCUUAUAUUUUAAUUCCCUUUCUAGUAGAAUACUGUGUUUAUGUGAAUAGUGAAGGCAUUGUCUCCAUUUGGCUACUAAAAUCAUUUUUAAAAGCUGAUUUUUUCCCACCUAAGGAAGUUUGCUUAAAAAUUAGUAUCUGUUACGAGAAGCCAACAAAGCGAGAAGAAUGUCCAGUUUUCAUGGAACACCUGUACUCCCCUAAAUCCCCAAGCCACAGAUCUGUUGUGUGUCCAACUGCAUUUAUGGAAACUGCCAUUUUCAUGGAAAUGAGCGGAUUAAACAUUUUUUCAUCUCCUUGUUGAUGCACUAAUGAAAGCCAUUUAAGCCUCAUUCUUUUUAUCAGUAUUUAUAGCAGAUUUUUAUGUAGUACUCAGUCUUUUUCAUGAGGAGGCUGGUUGGUAGAAAGACUUUUAUGAUUAAGCACUAUGCUAAAGUGUCAGCGUUGUCAGGUGUUAGUGACAUGGCUAUUUUUGUUGGAGUUGGUGAAAGGUGGAAUCCAAGUAUAUUAGCCUUAUAAGAAAUAGCCUUAAAUAAGAACAGAGUGUACAAAGUUACUUCAGCUUUAAGUCAUACAGUAAUAUCAUUGUAUGUUAAUGGUUUUGGUACAAGACUGGAAAAAAACUAUCUACAGGAGAGUCAAACAUCAUAUAAACUUACUGAAAAUAAGUAUUUGUAAUACCAGCAGCCUGUUUUUCAGAAACUUGAAUAUGACUUAGUUUUGUUUAUGAAAUUGUUUGAACUUGCACAGAUGUAGGUGUAACUUAAAUGAUAAAAUGGUACUGAUGUGUGUGUAUAUAUAAUGUUUAAUUCUAUUUGUAAAUGAGAAACUAUGUAACAAAAUCAUAGGUAUGAGGUUUUCCUAUUGUAAUUUAAUACAGGUAUGAGGUUUAUGGCAAUAUAUCAUAGUUAAUGAAAUUUCAGGUCAAAAUGUCUUUAAAUUGUGUACAUUUUUAAAUUGUAAUUUCUACUGUAUAUUGAUUAUCAUGCAUAGUGUGAUUCAAGAAACUGCUUGUAAUUUAAAAAUAUUUAAUAUUAAAAAUAAAAUACAGUUAUAUAUUUAUAA